GAACAAGCAAAAUAAAACUGGGAAACUGAGCCUAUACAAAUCGUGCACCCUUGUCGUGCACGACACUGUAAUUUGUAAAUAAAAAUAACAAAUGUUGCACAAUUGCAUUGAUGCAUUGCUUGGAAGCCAAAGUGGUCCUGUUUCUGAACGGUCAACGGUGCAAGGCGAAUCACUCUUCUCUAACCUCAUCAAGCAAGGCUCAAGCUUGGCUGGGGCAGGACACAAACGUCCACUGCACUUCAUAGCCUAUUCAUUAGUGGAUUAAACUGUAGUCUGAUCAUGCAAAAACAGGAAACUAGGGUCCCCUUUCAAGACCAAAUGUGUCAGGCGGUCAUCGUGGAUACUUUGUCGUCAGCCAUUCAUGGAGUUCAGACGUUUACAAAGAGUCUGCUGCGCUCGGUGACUCUGGCCGCGUCGGUUCGCGGCGCGGCGCGCGUGCCGGCACUGGGUCUGCUGGCUCUGGGUCGCGCCCCGACCAUCUGCUGGCAGAUGCAGGAGCCGCGGGGUCGGCUGGACCGGCUCGGCACAGCGGUCGCUCAGCUCGUCGACAGGGCACGCCUGGAUCCAGGGGCAGUCUCAACUGACGAUGAUGGCACGGGUCGGCUGGAAUUCGCCCUGGAUAUAGUCAACACAGAAUUUGACGACUUCUGCUCUAAACAGGCACAGACCAGCGGCCGGCUGCAGCUGACGGUGCUGACCUCUGACCCCGAGGUCAUCGGACGGCUGCGCCGCUGGAGCCGUGCCGCCGCGGCAGCCGCCACUGGCCUGCAGAAGAUACAGGUGUUUGAGGUGGUGGGUCCGAACGAGGCCACCCAGGAGGCCGAGUGGUGCGAGGACAUGGACGCUGACGGAGACGUCGAGGCCGUGCCGCUGGAGGUGCUGCGGACCACGGCCGGCGACUCGGCGCCCUUCGACCGACACUUUCAGUCAUGGUUGCUAGAACAAUCGACCUCCACCGAGCACGUACGUUUGCUGCUGCCGCCGCUGGAGGCGCCACUGUCGCUACACUGCGACAUGCAGGCGGCGCUAGUGUCGCCGCUGAGCCUUCCUUUCACCCACCGCCUUUUGCUGACACCUGAGAAGACGGGAUGGCACGCCGGCGGCCGGGGUGCGGUGGCGGUGUACCAUCUGGAGGUGACGGGUCGAGUGGCCCGCGCCGGUCUCUGCCAGUCAGCCAUCCACGGAGAGCCGCUGCUGCUGCGAGCCUCCGCCUGCGUGCGACAGAGCUGGGACGAGCUGGUCGCCAACUCGCAGAGUCUGCGUAGUCUGUGCUCGGAGCUGCUGGCCAGCGGUGAUGUCCUCAUAGCCCGGCUGGCUGGCGGUAAAACGCUGCCAGACGUCUCGGGACGCUUCGCCGUCAUGCCGGCGUCCUCUGCACCGGAGGGAGACGGUGGAACGCUGCUGCUGUGUUCCCUGGUCCCUGCCGAACUGGUGCUGCCGCCUGGCGGCCCUCCGCCGUACUGCGCAGAUGAGCCCGUACCGCAGCAGGUGACGGCUGAAGUCCGCCGCCGGCUGGCCGGUCUGUCCCGACGGGUCGAGUAUAACCCGCUAGAGGUUCCCUGUGGUCUCAGCGAGGCGCUGGCCGCACUGUCUCAGAAGCCGUCUGCGCCGCACGGAGCGGCCAACACGCAGGCACCUGGACCUGAGAGCGCCAGGCCAGGCCAGCCUCCCUCUUCUACUGCUAGCUCAGCCGGCCCGUCCCGCGGCGGCCGAGCCGGGGCUAGGGGCGGGACUACAGCAGGAGCCAGAGCCGGAUCCAGGGCUGGGGGUAGAGUUGGUCGAGGUGGGGCGCGGGGAGGAUCCGGCAGGGGGCGGCCGCUCUUCUGGAAAGAGGACUGGGCGGAGACCGGUCAGUAAAAACCUGGUAGCUAGCUCGACCAAUGUGAUAGUGUAGUGUCUGAGCGCCAUUAUAUACGGCUGUGACAUUUUCAGGUGCCGUUUCUCGAGUUUGUUUGUACUUUGUGGCGUAGUAUUUUUUUUCCACUGAUAAGUGAUAUCGUCGAGUCGUAUUUUCGUGGCAAAUUUGUUCUUUAUUACGAUGUAAGAGCAUUCAAAAGGCCACUUGGCCUGUGCAAGACACAUUGUGUUAUAUUAUUGUUCGAUAAUUCAGACGCAUUGCUAUUCGUUACUUUGAACGCCAUUUAGGCUUCCGUUGCUGAUGAAUAUGCUGGUAGUUGGAAGCACAUAUCCAAUACAGGCGAUAUUUUAGUGAA